AUGGCACCUGGCCUUCGUGCUGUCUGGGACGCAGCCGAUAUGGAUCGCCAUUGUAAUUAUACAAUGCAAGCUUGUCAUUUUUUCAAUAUGUUAGCACCGGAUUUUCAUGAAGGCGAUGUUUGUGAGAUACAUCAUAUUGAAUAUUUAAGUGGUAGGGAAGAAUUCAGGAUAUUAAGAAAUCUCAUGCUGUUGAACAUUGUAUCUUAUUCGAUUUAUAGUGAACCCUUAUUAGAAAUUGAUCAUAAAAAAGGUAAACUAUAUUAUGCAGUUAAAAUUCUAACUAUGUUAGUAUUUAUUGUGUCGUCUGUGGCCGUACCGAUCAUUUUCGUUGAUCCAUUUAAGUACCCUACUUCUUUCAAAACAGUUUUUAAUAUUAUUGAAGCUGUCAUUGUUGGUAUCAGCAUAGGUUUUCUCAUUUAUAAUCUUUGGCUAAAGCGGAUAAACGAUCAGCAGGAAGAAGAACCAAUGAAAACAGAACUUCAUAUUUUUCCACGCCAUUGA